AUGUGUGCUAAAUUUGUCGGCCGUAGCCGGUGCCCUUUUCCUGCACAUAUCCCAACCUACCUCGGUACAUUUUGCUGCAAAAUUCAUCUCAUGUUCAAGUCCUAUGUAUCGUUGCUGGCCCCCCAGGCACCGUUGAAGCUUGCGGGUCGAGAAGGGGGGUUAUUGACCCUCCCGGAAAUCAUACUGAGCUCUGUUCCCGAGUUGAAUGAAGGCGCGUCAUUUUGGACAAAUCCGUUGCUUCCAUCGGGUCAUCUUCAAACCGCCUAUACUGCUUUAAAUAAAUUUGAAAACGUCGAUAAGGUCCACUAUAAGCGGCAUGUGCUCCAAAUGAAGAACCUCCGCUACCAGGUGGGUGAGGAUUUCCUCAACUACGACCAGUGGAGUGGCAAAUCCACCUUUUGCAUCGACUAUGCCGUGCCCGAAUCCAUGUCGGAUCCGGACCAUGAAAAGUAUCGUCCAGAAUCUCAGACCAAAGAGCUUCCGCCACGCACGGAAUACCUCAACCCCGAGACGGAAUUUGACUUGCUUUCCGACGAUUCCAAGCCACUAAUCAUCUGUCUUCAUGGUCUCUCUGGUGGUUCCUACGAACUGUACAUCCGUGCUUUCGUGUCCAGAGUUACCGAGUACAAUUUCGAUGCCUUGGUUUUGAACGCUCGUGGCUGUGCAAACCACACCAUCACCACGCCUCAGCUCUUCAACGGGCUCUGGACCAACGACUUGCGGUAUCUUAUCAACGAGCAUAUCAGCAAAAAAUGGCCCAAUAAACGGAUAUACCUUAUCGGUUUUUCUCUAGGUGGAGCUAUCACCGCCAACUACUUGGGUCAGGAAUUUGACCAAGUUUACCACAAUAUUAAGGGAGCAGCUACCGUUGGUACUCCUUGGGACUUUCCCGAUUCGCUGAUUCUCUUACGAGAAAGUCUUUUGGGCCACCAUAUCUACUCGCCUGCCAUGUGCCAGAACCUCCUCAAGUUGUUGAAUGAACACUACGAAGGACAUUUGAAAUCAGACCCGGCAGUUGAAGAAUUCAAAAAAAACCCAGCUGCUUAUAGUGUGAACAGAUUGAGAGAUUUCGACGACGCUUUCACAUCCAGACUCUUUGGUUUCAACGGCGCCAACGAUUACUACCGUCUUGCAUCGCCAGUGCAGCGCUUGCACAAAGUUCGAGUUCCAUUGAUCAUUCUUAGUUCCAAAGAUGAUCCUAUUACCGGCUACCGUACUCUUCCUCAUGACGAAGUCAAGCAAAAUCCUUAUACACUCCUCAUCACUACUACUGUGGGAGGACAUUUGGGAUGGUUUACUCUCACAGGAAAAAGGUGGUAUGCUGAUCCUAUGGCUAAAUUGAUGAAGCAGUUGGAUGAACAUACUUGGUCAAAAGAAAGUGUUCCCCAAACCGAUUUGCCCCGUGAUUUGUCCAAGGUUUUCAAACACGACAGACUUGUACAAGAGGUUUCGACGCUCUAA